AUGCCGAAACCCGAUAACAGAUUUGAUACUGCUGCCCAUAAUUUGAAUAAAGAUUCAGUCUUGGAAGAGAGUUCCUCAUGGGAUCGGAUUGAGAAGAUGGAGGCGGAAUUAGCAGAGAUCUGGACCGAAUCAGAAAGGCGUCAAACCUUAGCUGAUCAGCGCAAUGCAGAAGUUAUGGCCCUCCUAAUUAAGGUGGCCCAACCUGCCACCCAACCGUCGCCCGCUACCGCCACAAAUCCGUCAUCAGUUACGCAACUGUCGCCAAUCAUCCAAUCAUUACCACCACCCAUCACCACCUGCCGACCCAUUAUUCAUACGCUGCCACCCCCGAAUUUUUUGAUGCCACCUCCAAAUCACCAACGCCUAGGAACACGAGGAUGGCCACAAACCCCUAUCAUCUACACACAACCGCCCUAG